AUGAAGGUGUUCCAGUCUUCUGACAGAUCCAUGGCACCCCAAAGCCCCAGGAAGGCCUCCGGAGGUCGCCCCAGCACCCAGAGAGCAGCAUCGGCUUCCAGGCCCAAUCCCGACACCGAGAAGGAUAGCAAGGAGUCGCCCAAGCUGGCUAAGCGAUCGCAUACCUUCCAACCAGGAGCCCAAGACACACCCGAUACAUUCGAUGGCGGCGAACAUACCGAUAACGAAGAGAGCAUCGAGGUCAGCCGGGCGUCUGUAGAGCUCGACUCGCUCCCAAUCGAGCUUGUCACCUUGACUGACAGCUUCAUCGAGUCUCUAGGAGCCAAAGUCCAUUCGACGCCACCUUCGAUCGAUAAACUGUCACAGCUUUUCCAGGACUUCUACGCACAAGCGUCAACAAACAUCAACACCCACAUCAAUGCUCUGGCGACUAGACAUGGCCGCGAUUCCGCCGCCGCGACCCAAUCCACAUCCUCUCUCGUUUCGGCAGCCAGUCGCCUUCGAAAUAAGACUUCGUCACUAAGCGUGAACAAGGAAAAGGCGAAAUCCGAGACGGAACACCAGAUGCUUACGCCAGACGAACUCAGCAAUAAAAGGCAAGCUCGCAAGGCCCUUGAAUCUCAGCGCGCAAACCUGGAGGAGGCCGUAGAACGCCGCCUCUGUGAGGGAAUCUAUGAUAGGAUAUACCGUCACAAGAGCACCCAGGAUGAAGCACAGGAUGACAAGCUCCGGUCCAAGACCGCUGCUUUGUCGCUUGUUGGCAUUGGCCCGGCGGACUUGGGUGUUGAUAUCAGUGGUGGGGGGGACAACAACAGCUUGACUCCAGAAGCUAUAAAAGAGAAAACGGAUCAGAUCAGGACCUGGUUGGAACAGGCCCGGAAAGACCUGACACACAUGCACCACUCCAGAUAUCCCCUGGGGAAGCUCAAUCGCUUGAGGGCCGCACACCGAAGUAUCGUCGACACCAUCGCACAAUUCCACCCCUCUGCGUCGGCCGACGAAGUCAUGCCCAUGCUUAUCUUCACCCUCAUCACUCUGCCCCCGGAAAAUCUGCAUGUGAUCAGCGAUAGCCGGUUUAUUCAGAGCUUCAGAUGGGAGCCCAAGCUUACUGGGGAAGCUGCCUACUGUCUAACGAAUCUCGAAGCUGCCAUCAGCUUCCUGGAAACGGUUGAUCUGUCUACCUUGCGAUCCGACGAAUUGCCUUCUGGUCCCCCAAAGAAUGCGGUGGGAGCAUCCAAAACCGAGACUUUCCCGCCCGCCUACUCUCAAGGAACGACCCCUGCGUCAAAGAGCGCGCCAGAAACCACCAAAGCGAAUGCCACGGCACCAAAGGCUGGCGUGCCCCCUUCAGGCCUGAAACCGACCAACGUGCUCAGAAAUCGCAGACUGAGCGAUCUCGUCAACACCCCGGCACAGGCUCUUGGCGCUGCUAGCGAUGCUGUCAUCAACACUGCUGAUCAAGGCCUCAAGACUGUAUCGAACAGCUUGGGCGAUAGCUACAAGUUCCUGCUUGGGAAGCUGCGCGAGCACCAGGACGGCCCCCGCGAAUCCAUCGCUGUUCCGCGAACCUUGGAUGAUGCUCGGAAGCUAGUGAGCACGCCCCCCCCGGACGAGGAGGCAGAGGAUGUCGACCAGCGCAAGCGACUAUCCCUGCGAGAAGAUAGGGUUCUCAACUUGAUAGGGGGGCGCCGGGACCGCAGCGCCGACAGCUCUGUCAGCGGCCGCAGCUCAUCGCGGCCCAGAGGCAUCUUCCAGGACGAGGGCAAGGCCGCCGCACCCUCAAGCACAGGUACUAGCCAGAACCCCGCCAUGCUUGACCAAGUGCGAAGCCUCAGCAACUCUUUCAACCCCCUCUCCCGCUUGACCACCCAGUUUGGCUCGAUCCGCGGCUUCGGCCGCACCACACCCGUGGCUUCUCCUGCUGUAGAUGCCAACAAGGUCGCCGAUGGUGGCGACUUGGCAACCGCAUUCCCGGAUCUUGCGGCCGCAUUGCCCCCAAAACCAAAGAUCCCCCCACCGAACAAGCGGUUCUUGGAGCUGCAAAACCCCGCCGACUUGAAGAUUGGGGAAGUCAUAGAGCUGCUGAGAGAUUAUCGUCGAUUGGCCGGGGCUCUCGAGAACAUGGAUGCGUUCGAACGCCGAUAA